AUGACGUCAUUUGAUCGUUAUUCAUAGAAAAUGGCUGCAAGUGAGGCGAAUACAGACGAUUCUCUUUAUCCAAUCGCAGUAUUAAUUGAUGAACUUCGAAAUGAAGAUGUUCAGUUACGACUUAACAGUAUUAAGAAAUUAUCAACAAUAGCAUUGGCUCUUGGAGUGGAUAGGACGAGAACAGAACUUAUACCAUUUUUAACUGAAACGAUAUACGAUGAAGAUGAAGUUCUGUUGGCCCUAGCUGAACAAUUGGGAAAUUUUACCCCACUGGUUGGUGGUCCUGAGCAUGUACAUUGCCUUUUGCCACCACUUGAAAGUCUCGCUACUGUUGAAGAAACUGUGGUUCGAGAUAAAGCUGUAGAAUCACUUCGAAAUAUAUCUCAACAACAUAGCACUGCAGAUUUGGAGCAGCACUUUGUUCCUUUGGUGAAACGACUUGCAUCCGGAGAUUGGUUUACAUCACGGACUUCAGCCUGUGGUUUGUUCAGUGUUUGCUACCCAAGAGUUUCAGGGGCAGUCAAAGCUGACGUUCGAAAUCAUUUCAGGAACCUCUGCCAGGAUGACACACCCAUGGUUCGUCGUGCUGCAGCUAGCAAGCUUGGUGAGUUUGCCAAGGUAGUUGAACCAGAAUAUAUGAAGUCUGACUUAAUUCCCAUGUGGGCCAAUCUUGCACUAGAUGAACAAGACUCUGUGAGGUUAUUAGCUGUGGAAGCUUGUGUCUCUAUUGCUGAUCUUUUGCAGCAAGAGGAUGUAGAGCAUCUUGUUAUGCCAACCCUUCGGCAAGCGGCAGAAGACAAGUCCUGGCGAGUUCGUUACACUGUUGCAGAUAAGUUCACAGAAUUACAGAAAGCUGUAGGCCCAGAGUUGACAAAAGCAGAUCUUGUACCAGCUUUUCAAAACCUCUUGAAAGAUUGUGAGGCUGAAGUUAGAGCAGCAGCUGCACAAAAAGUUAAAGAUUUCUGUCAGAAUUUGCCGAAAGAUGUUCAAGAACAAGUAAUUAUGAACAACAUCUUGCCGUGUGUGAAAGACCUAGUUUCAGAUCCAAACCAGCAUGUUAAGUCGGCUCUUGCUUCAGUUAUAAUGGGUCUAUCUCCCAUCUUGGGGAAACACAACACUAUUGAACAUCUACUUCCUAUGUUCCUUUCUCAGUUGAAGGAUGAGUGUCCAGAGGUUCGCCUGAGCAUUAUCUCCAACCUUGAUUGUGUCAAUGAAGUCAUUGGGAUACAGCAGCUUUCUCAAAGCUUACUGCCUGCUAUUGUUGAAUUAGCCGAAGAUGUGAAGUGGAGAGUGCGACUAGCAAUUAUUGAGUAUAUGCCAUUAUUAGCUGGGCAGUUGGGGGUAGAGUUCUUUGAUGAAAAGUUGAACACGCUUUGCAUGACUUGGCUGGUUGAUCAUGUCUUUGCUAUCAGAGAAGCUGCCACAGAAAAUCUGAAGAAACUGGUUGAGAGAUUUGGAUCUGACUGGGCAACCAAUACAGUUAUCCCAAAGGUGGUAUCCAUGUCUCGAGAUCAGAACUAUCUCCAUCGCAUGACCUGUUUGUUUUGUAUCAAUGUCUUGGCUGAAGCUUGUGGACCAGAAGUAACCAGCAAGCUGAUGCUUCCAACAGUUCUGAGUCUUGCUAAUGACAAUGUUGCUAAUGUUCGUUUCAAUGUUGCCAAAACACUACAGAGAAUAGGACCAGUUUUGGAUCCAUCUACAAUGCAGAGUCAAGUAAAGCCUUGUUUAAACAAAUUGAAUAGCGACAGUGAUGUGGAUGUCAGGUUUUUUGCUUCUGAAGCUAUGUCAAUUUUAACCUAAUCAAAAUUCAACAUGAUCUUACUUUCCCCAAAUGUAUUAAUUAGAUUUAGAAAACAAAUUUGAUCUGACCUGUCCUUUGAUUGAUGUCAGGUAUGAUCAGUAUUUCAUAGCUAUAUGUUUCUUCUAGAAUUUGAUUCUUAAAACAAGUUUGUUCUUAAUAGUAGUCAUUAUUGAUACACUAUUUAAGCUGUGAAGGUAAUUAUUGUAACAUUCAAAAAUAAAUUUUGCAAAACUGCCAACUGGCUGAAGUAUUGGUAUCAGAAUUUAUGUGAAUUUUGGAUUUAAAGCUUAAACAUAUUUUAAUUUUUAAAUGUAAUCAAGUGAUGAGUGUUCUGUAAAGGAUAAUGUAAGAACAUAGCAUGCAUUUUGUAUCAGAUUUCUUACAACUGUUGAUUAACAAUAAGAGUAUAUAUAGAUCUUUUUUCUUUAGUUAAAAAAAGAAGAUUUGAAACAUAAGAUCUUUGGAUGGAUCAUGCUUGUGUAGAGAAGCUGUAAUAGAUGUUUUUUUGGUUAUUUCAUAGCAGUUUCUAAAUAUUUUAAGAAAAAGUCCAGAGUACUGAGGCAUCUUAAAGCCACUAAUUCCAGAAAUAAAAGUGAACUCAUAUUCUUUGAAACUAAAUAAAAGCGGUAUAUAUAUAUAUAUUUAUUAAUUUUAUACUUAGCUCAGAAUAGCUGAAAUGGGGUAAAACUGGUACUUGUGCAUUUUUGUGAAGACAUCUUGGUAGUUAUGACUAAAAGUUAUAUGUGAAAGGAAGAAUGCAAGUCAUACAAAAUUGAUAGGUUAUCUGAUUUUAUGAAAGUGAGUACUUUUGUCUUGGAUGCUAAAGACAAUACAAAAAGUAAGGUGAACAGUUUUUUAACACCCUGUACGAUUGACAUUUCUUGAAUGUAUUCUGUCUUGUAUAAUAAGCAGGAACUCCCAUUAAACCUUUUUUUUUCAGUUAUUUGGUUAUCAUUUAAGUUAUAAGGCAUUUCAUUUGUCAUUGAAGCUUAGAAGAUAAUGCAUUAAACCUUGACAUAUUUUUCCAUAAAAAUUACCAUAGUUUUCACUGUGGACAGUAGAGUUUGUGUAAUCAGUACAGAGCAACAUUAGUGUAUUUUUCAAACAUUUUGUAAAAGUUACCUUGAGAAAAGAAGAUAUUAGACUUUUCUACAGUUCUGGUUUAUGUGUGUUAUCUUGACAUUAACAGGAGUUAUACAUAAAUGGUCUAUUAACUUUGUAAUAAUAAAAUCCCAUAUGUUGGUAAACUGUCUUAAGUUAUCAGUCUCAAGCAAUUGGUCAGUGAUAACACAUUUUGUAUUAAAUACAUAAUAGUUGAUUAAAUCAAAAUUUGCAUAAAAGCAAUAACACUAAUUUUUUAAACCAAUGUUGCAUGUACUAAUUCAGAAUUCCAUAAGAAGAAAAUUUACUGACUUUCAAUGAAAUAGUAAUUCCUUCAGUUUUUAUUAAUGGGUGUGAUAUAACAAAUGUUACUGUAAUUUUUCCUGUAAGUUUAACACAAUACUGUUUAAUAUGUGUUGUGACUAAGUUACCAGACUAGGGAUGUAACUAUAAGUCUACGAGUUCAGGUUUAUAAUUCUAUUAAUAUUUCAGAAGCUGCUAAUUGUUUAAGCAAAAUAUGUAAUGUGAGGUUGUAUUUAUGUUCCUGGUGUGUAAACAUAAAAAACCUUUUCUGUGUAUUAGUGUUUAACUAAAUCUUGUGUGUGCUAAUGAAAACAGUAUUGAGUUAUGUUUUAAAUAAUUUUUUCAUGAAUAAACACCCAAGCACUGUUUGUAGCUAGACACAAUUGGCGUUUAAUUAGAUAACGUUGAUCAGUGCAUUAUCUAAAUUUUGUUUUUGAUUUGUAUUGACUUUAGAUUUUUUUCAGUUUAAUGUUAAUUUUGGACUGUGAUUUCCAUGAAGUGUUAUGUGUUUUCAGUUAACCUUAUUUCAUUUUAAAGUGAAAAAUAAAAAUCAUAACAUCCAAAACAAA